AAACCAUUGAAAACAAUACCAAAGCAUAGGACUUGAAGGGAUAAAAUACUUGAAAUAAAGCCACAGAUCAGACACAGAGGAGCAGCAGGAAGAAGGAAACUCAUUUCACCAUUAUUCAGAGUCUAAAUGCAUAAUCUCUACAUGUGUACAGCUCAGAUAUGAAGUGGGAAUUGGAGGAAGAAGAAGAAGAACAAGUAGAGAUUGGGAAAGAAGAGGAAAAAGGAGGAAAAGUGCGGAUUCUCUUGUGCUUUUGUUAAUGGGCCACAAGAUGCAGCAGAGCCACCACCAUUCAGUGGCUGUGAAGGGGAAUGAGCAAAUGGGGACCAAGAGAGGGUACACAUUCAUUCAGGCCAACAGGGCUUGGUUGCCAAAAUUUCUGGUGCUGUGGGUUGUGGUGAUGGCUUUUUUGAGCAUGUCUAUAUACAACGGAAUGGAUGCUGACAACAAAGUAAGGAGGAAGGAAGUACUGGGUAGCAUGUGUGAUCAGAGGGCAAGAAUGUUGCAGGAUCAAUUCAGUGUUAGUGUUAACCAUGUGCAUGCUCUUGCAAUUCUCGUCUCCACUUUUCACUACUACAAGACCCCAUCUGCAAUUGAUCAGGAGACUUUUGCAGAGUACACUGCAAGAACUGCUUUUGAGAGGCCAUUGCUUAGUGGGGUUGCCUAUGCACAAAGAGUGGUUAAUUCAGAGAGGGAGAAGUUCGAGAGGCAACAUGAGUGGACAAUAAAGACUAUGGAAAGAAAACCUUCACCUGUUCGAGAUGAAUAUGCACCUGUAAUAUUUUCUCAAGAAACUGUUUCCUACCUUGUAUCACUUGAUAUGAUGUCAGGGGAGGAGGACCGAGAAAACAUAUUGAGAGCUAGGGCUACUGGAAAAGCUGUCUUAACAAGCCCCUUCAGGCUGCUUGGUUCUCAUCAUCUUGGUGUUGUGUUGACAUUCCCUGUCUACAAAUCCAGGCUACCCCCAAAACCAACAAUGGAAGAGCGCAUUGAUGCAACUGCAGGAUAUCUUGGUGGAGCCUUUGAUGUUGAAUCUCUCGUGGAGAAUUUGCUUGGGCAACUUGCUGGAAACCAGGCAAUUCUGGUGAACGUGUAUGAUGUUACAAACUCUUCAGAUCCCUUGAUCAUGUAUGGUAAUGAAAAUCAAGAAGGUGACCUCAGUCUGUUACAUAAGAGCAAGCUUGAUUUUGGAGAUCCAUUUAGGAAGCAUCAAAUGAUAUGUAGAUAUCAUCAAAAGGCACCCCCAUCUUGGACAGCACUGACCACUGCGUUCUUAUUCUUUGUGAUUGGCUUGUUAGUAGGCUAUAUCUUAUAUGGUGCAGCAAUCCACAUUGUCAAAGUUGAAGAUGAUUUCCAUGAAAUGCAGGAACUGAAAGUUCGAGCAGAAGCUGCUGAUGUUGCCAAAUCACAGUUUCUCGCCACAGUUUCUCAUGAGAUUCGGACACCCAUGAAUGGCAUCCUUGGGAUGCUUGCACUGCUUCUAGAUACUGAUCUAAGUUCAACCCAACAAGAUUAUGCUCAAACUGCUCAAGUAUGUGGUAAAGCACUGAUACAAUUGAUAAAUGAGGUGCUUGACCGAGCAAAAAUUGAAGCGGGUAAAUUAGAGCUGGAAACGGUUCCCUUUGAGCUUCGAUCUAUCUUAGAUGAUGUCCUCUCUUUAUUUUCUGAGAAGUCUAGAAGCAAAGGUAUUGAGCUGGCAGUAUUUGUGUCCGAUAAAGUUCCAGAGAUUGUUAUGGGAGAUCCAGGGAGAUUCAGACAGAUCAUUACAAAUCUUGUUGGAAACUCUGUUAAAUUCACUGAACGAGGACAUAUCUUUGUUAAAGUCCAUCUUGCUGAAAACACAAAGGCCAUGGUAGAUGCAAAAGCUGAAACUUGUUUUUUGAAUGGAGGAUCAGAUGAAGGGGUACUAAAAGCAGGUCUGCGCCAAUUUAAGAGCUUGAGUGGUCAUGAAGCAGCUGAUGAGCGAAACAGUUGGGAUUCCUUCAAGCAUUUGAUUGCUGAUGAGGAAUUGCGAUAUGAUUCUUCAAUAAACUUGAUGCCUAGUCAUGAAGCUUCUGAUAAUGUUACAUUGAUGAUAUGUGUGGAGGAUACUGGAAUUGGGAUCCCUAUUAAAGCCCAGGAUCGAGUUUUCAUGCCAUUUAUGCAGGCAGAUAGCUCAACCUCUAGAAAUUAUGGUGGAACUGGUAUUGGCUUGAGCAUCAGCAAGUGUCUGGUUGAGCUAAUGGGUGGUCAGAUAAACUUCAUCAGCCGGCCACAGAUUGGGAGCACAUUUUCAUUCACAGCAUCUUUUGGAGGGUGUAAGAAUGUUGAUGUAAAAAAAUCUAGUACUGAAGAUCUUCCUUCUGGUUUUAGAGGAUUGAAAGCAAUAGUAGUUGAUAGAAAACCCGUUAGAGCUGCCGUAACCAGAUACCAUUUGAGGAGGCUUGGUAUAGUGGUAGAGGUUGUGAGUAGGAUCAACAUGGUAUCUAUGUGCAUGAAAAAUGGUUCUUUAACAUGCGGAAAUAAAAUCCAGCCAGAUAUUAUUCUUGUUGAGAAGGAUUCAUGGCUUUCCAGUGAGGAUGUUGGGUGGAGUGUCCAAGUUUUGGACCACGAACAGAAUGGCCAUAUCUGUAAAUUGCCUAAGCUGAUUCUACUUGCAACAAAUUAUACCAAUGCUGAAUUUGAUAAGGCAAGGUCAGCAGGAUUUGCAGACACUGUGAUUAUGAAACCUUUGAGGGCAACUAUGGUUGCUGCUUGUCUUCAGCAGGUGUUGGGGAUAGGGAAGAAGCCCCAGCCAGUGAAAGACAUGCAGAAUGGAUCUUCAGUCCUACAGAGCCUACUCUGUGGAAAAAAAAUUUUGGUGGUUGAUGACAAUAGGGUAAACCGCAGGGUUGCUGCAGGUGCUCUGAAGAAGUUUGGUGCUGAUGUAGAAUGUGCCGAAAGUGGCAAAGCUGCACUGGACUUACUUCAGCUUCCACACAAUUUCGAUGCUUGCUUCAUGGAUAUUCAGAUGCCAGAAAUGGACGGGUUUGAGGCAACCCGCCGAAUUAGAAAGAUGGAGAGCAAGGCAAACGAACGAAUGAAUGGUUGUGAAGGAACUGUCAGAAAGGGUGAGUGGCAUGUGCCAAUAUUAGCCAUGACAGCUGAUGUUAUCCAUGCCACAUAUGAUGAGUGCCUGAAAUGCGGGAUGGAUGGAUAUGUUUCGAAGCCCUUUGAAGAAGAAAUUCUGUAUCAGGCUGUUGCCAAGUUCUUCAAAGAGAAACCAAUCUCCAACUCAUAGUAAGAGUUACAGGCCCUUCAGGUACCACCUAUACACAUUUUAACUGGGCAGAACAGAACUAUACCAGCAAUUUUUCAAAUCCUGCUGGUAUUUUUUCCUUGUGGACAUGACCAACUUUUUGGUUUCCGACAUUCCCGAUUUCUUGACUACAUGCAUGCAAGUCUUCUGGCAAUCGUUUCUAACCAACUUCAACUUAACUUGAUUAGUAUCGCUGAGAGUUCAUGUAUACGACAACAGAAAACUCCAUCUCCGGUUGUAUAUACAGACCCUUAAAAGGGGAGGGAGAUAAAAGAUGUAAAUCUCAGACAUGUUGCUUGGGAACUUCUAUAUUGAAAUGAGUGCGUUGAAUUUUUGUUCUCUGUUUUGAGACUUGGUCAUUGAACAUCUAAAUAUCUAGCUACAAGUAAAUGAAUUUGCAGUUUUAUG